AUGGCCAUCGGUAUGGCCAUCGGUAUGGCCAUGCCUCACAAGCUUCUAGAGGCCAGCACCAGCCAGUCGCAAGUCACUACAAAAGACACGUUAAAUGACAGGAAGGUGACCAUCAUCGAGCAUCGGGCCCCAGCACACAGUCGCAGUGCUCACGCCAGCAUCGACGGUGUGGUGGAUGACAGAGAAGGCGUGUGGCGGCCAGACAGAGCUCUGAUUCUCAGGAUGAAGCUCCUCACUGUGCUCCUGCUGCUGGGUUUCACCUCACUGGCCGCGCCUGAGGUUGUGCAGUCUUUUGGAAGUAAAUGUCCUCAGUUCUUCAUCCCAGACCCCCAAAAUCAGAAUGACGUGAUCACCCCAACUAUUCUACAACAGGGACAACGGUAUAAGCAGAUUUGUCAGCGCUUUAAUAAUCAAUACAGAUUUGUCACUCUGUACGACACGAGGAACAGGAUCCCUGUCUACUCCGCGUACACGUUCUACGGGAGAGGACAGGUUAAUCGGGGCGACGUAGAGUGGAAGGUCGAACCUCAGCUUGAUAUAAAUAACGGGUCCCGUACAGAGAUGGAGUACUUGGGAGGGGUUGAUACACAGACAUUUACACAUCAGGCCCGGGAUGAAGACUAUCAGGAAGCUUCGGUGCAUGAAAGAGGCCAUCUGUUUCCACACGGUUACGCUGCUGAUCAGGAUCAAGCUGAUUCUACAUGUACUCUCACCAACAUUGCACCACAAACAGGCACCAGCAACCGCAAUUGGGAAGCGCAGGUGGAGACUCCAAUGCUCAAUCAAAUACAGAACGGGUGCAGGCUAGACGAAAACAACCCAGCUUACAUUGUGACUGGAGUGGUUCCAGGAGAGAAUUGGCUGAGAAUAAAAAGAGGGAGAAGAACCAUUGACCAUGGAAUUAACAUUCCCAGGUAUUACUGGACAGCUUACUCUUGCAUCAACAACAAUGAUGGACGAAUUUACCAAGCCUUCCUUGCUCAGCAAAUAAACCACAUAAAGGAUGAUCGCUACACCCAAUUUGAGGUCACGCCCAUGAAUGAUCAAGACCUAAACACUCAGCUCACUGAACUGUAUGGCACAACAUUCCACGUGUUCCGUAGAAGAUAA